UGAGUGAGUCAGGCGAGCGCUUUGUGGAGUCGCAUCCCAGGUAGCGGAGCCGUCGGGAGGGAGGGAUGCGGCCACGAGCGGAUGGGGCAAGGGAGAGGGUGCCGUGCGCGAGGCCGAGCCAGCCCGAGAAGCGACCCGCUGCCCCUCAGGAGGGGAUGUAGGCUCUGCAGGACCUCGAGAGCCGCGGCUUCUUCGGAGCGGGACCUCGAGAGCCGCGCCGGGAAGGGAAUGCGCGGCGCGAGACUCCGCGGCUACAGAUCCUAAUCUGGAAUGGAACCGAGGCAAAAUAUCUCAUCUCGAGGUGAUUACCCGCAAGAUGAAGACCCCUUUGCAUCAAAACUAUCAAAGGAAGCAGACAUAGUAGCUGGAGUUUAUUUAUUAGUAAUUGGGGUUUUAUCAACUUUAGGAAAUGGAUACGUUAUUUACAUGUCUACCCAACGGAAAAAAAAGCUGAAGCCUGCUGAAAUAAUGACUGUCAAUUUGGCGGUGUGUGACUUGGGAAUUUCAGUUGUGGGAAAGCCUUUUAGCAUCAUUGCCUUCUUCUCUCACCGCUGGAUUUUUGGUUGGAGUGGUUGCCGUUGGUAUGGAUGGGCUGGGUUCUUCUUUGGCAUUGGGAGUCUUAUUACUAUGACAGCAGUAAGCUUGGAUCGGUAUUUCAAAAUCUGCUAUUUAUCCUAUGGUACCUGGCUGAAGAGACACCAUGUUUUUAUCUGCUUAGGAAUCAUCUGGUCCUAUGCUACCUUUUGGGCAACCAUCCCAUUUGCCGGCUUGGGAAAUUAUGCUCCUGAGCCAUUUGGGACUUCAUGCACUCUGGACUGGUGGCUGGCUCAAGGUUCAGUGGCUGGGCAGGCCUUUAUUCUGAAUAUCCUUUUCUUCUGUCUUGUGCUCCCAACUGCUGUGAUUAUGUUUUGCUAUGUUAAAAUUAUUGCAAAAGUCCAGUCAUCCACCAAAGAAGUAGCUCACUAUGACUCCAGGAUUCAAAACACAAAUGUACUGGAAAUGAAGUUAACUAAGGUGGCAAUGUUGAUCUGUGCAGGAUUUCUGUUUGCCUGGAUCCCAUAUGCUGUGGUGUCUGUGUGGUCAGCUUUCGGAAGACCAGAUUCUGUUCCCAUCAAAGUUUCAGUGAUCCCAACUUUGCUUGCAAAAUCAGCAGCCAUGUACAACCCAGUUAUUUACCAGGUCAUUGACUGCAAAUCUGCCUGUUGCCAGCCAGGUGACCUCAAGCCCCUGCAGAAGAAGAACUCCAGGCUGUACAUAAUACCUACAGACAAAAAGUCUGAGGUAGUUCAGGAAACACAACUGGACAGUGUAUGAAACCCUUGAACUGACAGUUAACCCACCAGUCCACCGUUUUCUUCUCACCUACUUCUUUUACAAGUACAGGCAGUCCCCAAGUUACGAACAAGACAGGUUCUGAAGGUUUGUUCUUAAGUUGACCUUUUGUGUAACUCAGAACACAUACUUUUAAAAGUGUAACUCCAGCCACAUACAUAUAAUAUAAUCUCUUUGGAUAGUAUAGAGGCUAGCACCUCUGUGGUGUUUGUUUUGCUGUGUGUGCCCCUGUCCAGAAGAUUUCAUUUAACUUUCUGUCUCUGUAAUAACUGGAUUUUGAAAAAAUUGGCUUGUUGUGGAAACAAAGAUUGGUGAUAAAGCUUCAGCACCUUUCCCCAUGAGAACUAUUUCAGGAGUGAAUUUCCCUUCCAAGAGGGAGAUUUCUCUCUCUUCCUGUAGUCUCACUCCUAUUUAUAACUAUGAGUCAUUUGUAAGUCGGAUGUUCGUAACUUGGGGAUUGCCUGUACAUUUUAAAUUAUGGCACCUUCGCUUCACUGUGGCUAUUGUUUUCUCAUUCUGAUGUCUUGCAUAGAAUGCAUUUCCUACCCUGUUAAAUUGGAAAUAUCACACUUUUCACUGUGUCACAUGUUUACUUGUUCAUAUUCUAAAUCUGUAUAUACAUGUUAUAAUAGCUGUGCUUAGGAUUUCCUUAAAAAAAACAGCUUUACAAAGUUUCUUAUAUAAACAGUGCUAAAAUAGUG